GUGACACCGAGAGGCGUCUUUUCUGAGCUCAUGUUGUCAGGCAAAAAAAAAAAAAAAAAAAGUCGCCACGCCGUGUUGGAAGAAGACAAGAGUGUGCGAAGUGUAAUGAAACAGCAUGGCUACUAAAAAGAAGCGGACUCCAAACGCACAGAACGACAGCUGGGUUGUUAUCGCCGCAGACUCUGUAACCGACACACAGAAGCAAGACUGUGAUCCAGAUUUUGUGAGGCUGAGGAAUCCCUCUACAGACGAGGCGUCGCUGUACAUGCUUGGUAGUGGCGACGGGCAGCUCUAUGAGGUCAAAGCGUUUGAAGAGGACUUCCACUCCUGGUUUGUUGGACAGACUGUGCAGAGAGAUGGGAAACUCCUCUUUGUAACACAGAUGGAUCCUCUCUAUCUGAUUUUGCCGUACAUGAUUAAAUCCGGCCGAGAGGGUAAAUUCCAGCCUGUGGAUCAAGUCGUUAAGGAUGAGGACUUUCCUGAGAGCUCAAGGCUGCUCCGCUGCACGCGUUCCCUGACCUCUCUGCACCACAUUGCAGAGGAAAAAGAGGUUGCAGGCACGAAGUUUCAUCGCUACAGUGAAGAACGAACCCUGAGCUGGUUAAAAAAGAAGGUGGAGAGAACGGUUGUCGCUCUGAAGAAGAAGAAUAUCUGUGUUGGAGAAGGAGUGAAAUCCACAACUUACGUCAGAGUAAAGUCAGAGUCCGACAACCAGGAGGAAGACUACCUUCGCUAUGCUCACGGCCUGAUAUCAGAGUACGUCAGUGAAGAACUGAGCAAAGCCCUCCUUAAACACUUGGGGUUACCAGAACUAAAAAGUCCAAAGGAAGCCGAGCCUCCAUCUAAGAAGCGGAAACUUUCAGACAAGCCGGUGGAGGCUGGAGAGGACUACACCAAAUUCAACGGUGCAGACUUUGCACGGAAACCGCCCAAGAAGAUGACAGCUGCUCAGAAAAGUUUGGCUAAAGUGGACAAGACUGGCAUGAAGCCGAUGUCGUCUUUCUUCAGCCCUAAGACCAAAGCUGAAAAGAAGUGAAAGCCUUUUCGCUCGUGGAUACUUCCGACUCACGUUUUGUAAUAAAGAAAUAAAAAUUUA